GUAUCAAAAUGGCUUCCACUGGAUUGAUGAUGGACGAUACUGAGGACGUUGCUUUAAAUUUUGGUGACGAGGAUGACGCUGCUCGACCGAAAACAGUCAGACAUCCCAUUGCAGUUGUGUGCCAUCUCGCAUUCAGGAUAGGAGCCAUACUCGCAUACCUGUUCUGUGGUUGGUUCAGUGGCAGUUUCAUUGUCAACUUUGUCGUGAUUGUUCUCUUUCUGUCCAUGGAUUUCUGGACUGUGAAAAACAUUUCAGGACGACUUCUUGUUGGCUUACGAUGGUGGAAUCAUGUUGAUGAAGACGGAAAAAGUCAAUGGAUAUUUGAAUCUCAUAAGGGUGCUGCAAAGAGUCUUAUCACAAAUACAGAAUCAAGAAUAUUCUGGUUGUCUCUAGUCGUCUGUGAAGUUGUCUGGGUUGUGUUUUUCUUCGGAACAGUUUUUACCCUCAAUUUCAAGUGGUUUAUGGUUGUAGUCGUAGGGAUCUUACUUAAUGGAGCCAAUCUAUAUGGUUACAUCCGGUGUAAAAUUGGUGCCAAAAAGCAGUUAUCAGGUGCAGCUUCUAGUUUCCUUGGACAACAAGUCUUAAGAUCUUUAAUGAAUGCCAAGUAGGAGGUAGAUGUUUUCUUCAAUGAACAGAAACAAAACGGAUACGGGAAAUUCACAGAAUUAAUCCAGAAUGUUUGGACAAUGUUUCUUUACAUAUGGAUUGUAAAUAUCUAAUGACAUUAUCAAUAUCUGGCAGAACCACACACCCAUUCCAAUUGUUGUUCUGCCAGGUACACUAUUUGUAUUUAUUCAAAAAGAGUACUAAAGUAUUCUUGCCAUAAUAUCUGUGUAUACUCUAUGUAAGCUAUUUAUGAGCUGUAUCUCUGAUGAUCACACUCAUGUCCCCUGAAACAUGCCAACUUUGCCACCUGAGAGGUUGCACUCCUUAAAAUAUAAACAAAAAAUAUGAAAUAUAAAAGGGUAUAAUCAAAAAGCGCUAUUCACUUGGACAAAAUGCCUCUGAUAAUACUCCGUCCUUAUCUGUCUUUGGGGAUAAAUUUCAUCAGGGGCCGCAAAGUUAGAACCAUUUGGGCAAAGUAGGCAUGUUUUACAGAGCAGGUAUUUCAAAAUAGACUCUGCUUUUCAGGAUGGCUGUUUGUGAAAUUGUUAAUUGUCUUUUGUAAGCAAAAGACUGUAUUGAAAUCAGAUGUGUUGCGGAUGCAGUUUCUAAUUCCAGGGAAUGCCUUUGUAGGGUGUUUUGGAAUCACCAUUGGUGUAAAUAUUGUCUUGUAAUGUAAGUGCAGCUUAUUUGGUUGCAGAUAUUCAUAAUAAAGAUUAUCAAUAAUGA